AUGGCUCAAGUUCACACAGAAGCACGAGCUGGCUUAGCAGCUCCUGCGAUUCGAAUUACAUCAACACUUUUCGGAGAUACCUCGCCCGGUGAAACUCUUCAACAAACAGCAUUAUCAGCUUCAUCAUCGCCAGCGCCAGGAGCAGACGUUUAUUCCAGCGCUUCUCAGAAACGCAGGGUGUCUUUUAUAAAUGGAUUACGAAGAUUGUCUCGCGAGAAAACUGCGUUUUUACGAGUCGAUCAGUCGGCUACAAAUCCACGGUUUCCGUCGUCUGCUCCACAGUGUGAGGACAAACAAGAUGGAUCGGAAGCAAUAAGAGCUGGAAAGAGAUUUGGUAGAGACAACAAGAGAAGGCUGAAAGUAGAGUUUGCUGUCAUGGAUACAGACAGCGAGAAGACGGGGUUCAACAAGGGAACGGGGAAUAUCAACAGUGGAUUAAUUAACAUUAAAGACGAUGUGGAGAACGACGUGGCAAUGUUAGGUGGAGGCGGUGGAAGGUUCCGCCAUCCCAGGGUUUCCCUUUUAGGGAAACCUUUAAACUACAAAGCCCACAGACGGGAUGUCAAUUACCGAAGACUUCAGGCCCGGGUUUACAACUUUUUGGAGCGCCCAAAAUCCUGGCAAUCAUGGAUAUAUCACCUGGCAAU